AUGGAUUUAUCAGAGCAAUGGGGUUUUGUUUGGUCAUCGAUCAUUCUCUUGCUUUCUGAUACGAUUUCUUUUCUCUGGCGAUUCACUCUUUUUCUCUACUACUUGAGAAAAGAAAAAAAGAUAGUAAGCCGAAUUUCAAAUGAUAUUUUGCUUAAAAGUGCUCGAGAGCUUGGUGCAAAGAUUCGCAGUGGAGAGCUUACAAGCUCGGAGAUUGUUAAAGCUUAUGUGGAGAGAUUGAGAGAAGUGAAUUCACUCUUGAAUGCUGUAGCUGAUGACUACACGGAUGAUGCUUUGAAUAAAGCCAAAGAAAUUGAUGAACAAAUCAAGAACUCAUCGGAAGAAGAAAAGAAAAAACUUUUUGAUGAGAAACCAUUGCUUGGAAUCCCAUUUACAUGCAAAGAUCUUUACGAUAUCAAAGGAACAAAAACAACAUGGGGUACUUGGAAGCUAAAAGAGAACGUUUCUGAGAGCACGCACAUUGUGAUACAAAUGAUGUUGGAUGCAGGCGGGAUCCCGUUCGUGAAAACCACUGUCCCAGAGGGGUGUGUCUUUAUCGAAUCAGUGAAUCCGAUUCAAGGGAUCACGAAUAAUCCAUAUGAUUCAAGACGAAACGCUGGUGGUUCGAGUGGCGGUGAAGGAGCUCUGAUCGGUGCUGGGGCUUCCAUUAUUGGGUUGGGAAGUGAUUUGGGUGGCUCGAUUCGCGUCCCUGCCGCUCUUAAUGGUGUUUAUGGUUUAAAACCAAGCGUUGGAACUUUUCCUAUUGUUGAUCUUGUUGGAAAUCCGGUUGAACCACUUUGGAAUUGCUUUGGUCCUUUGUGUCGCUACGUAGACGACAUUGAACUUCUAUUGAAUAUAUUCUGUCAUGGAGAUCGGGCAAAACAUGUUAAAGAAGCAAAUGAAUAUCCAGUGGAAAAGAUUUUUAUUCCAACCGAUACACCCACUCCUUGGAUGCCAAGAGUUAAACAAGAGAAUCAAGCGGCUACUUUGAAAGUAGCUGAAUUUCUUUGCGAAGAAUAUGCGAGCUCAUGCAUUGAUUCGAUUGAUCUGUCACCAAUAAAAUCGCAAUAUGUUGACAUCUAUAUUGCUAAUUAUGAUGAGUUUCCGAUAAAGCAGAAAAAUUUGGAAGGGCUAAAGUCGAGAAUGCUGGCGGCUGGGAAUAAAUCAUUUCACGCUCUCACUGAGCUCCCGAAAUGGAUCUUCGGAAAGUCAAAGCACUACCUAGCUGCCAUUGUGCUUUUUCACUUUUUUAAGAGAAGCUACACACUCGAACAAAGGGAAAAGUAUUUGAAACUAUUGCCCGAGUUGAAAGCGAGAUAUGACAAAAUUCUCUCUAACACAAACUUUAUCGUGCAAUCCGGCUGGCCACAUUGUGCUGAAUUUCAUCACACCGAGGUGGCGACACCAAGCCUUGCGCAUACGGCGAUUUACAAUCUACUCGAUCUACCAGUGAUUAUGUGUCCAGUGGGAAUGAAUGAAGAAGGUUUACCACUAUCCGUUUCGAUAAUUGGACCAAGAGGCAGUGAAUAUAAACUCGUCGAAAUCGCUCGUAAAAUCGAUAAAAAAUUCGGUGGAUGGGUUGCACCUGGAAACGAAAAUUUG